AUGGGGAGCAUCGAGAUUCGCAGCAGAGGGAUCAAGAAGAGCUGGGUGGAGGCACACGGAGCUACCGACCACCGGGGUGUGAACGGGAAGACUUCAAAUAAGUUUGCAGGCCUCCAACAGAGCGUUCAAAGCAAUGUGAGGCUAAUGUGGCAGUCUCAACAGUGUCUCGCGCUGAUUAAAAAGCAUCACGCGAGCGGGUUCAGCAUCGAAGAUGUCAACCGCGUGUUUGAACGAGAGUUGGGAAAGCUCCCUCGAGGGGGAGCUCAGCUGAGCGCAUUGUUCGGAGAGAGUACAACCGCAAGAGAGAUCUUCAAAUUGCAGCAACACCUGCAGAACGCAGAGCAGCUGGAGAACGAAAGUUUGAUUGUCUACAAGCUUGACGUGUCGAACAAAUCUGAAGAAGCGGUUGAAGCGAGAGUCAGCCUGUACCCCUUGCCCGACAAGCUGGGAGGCAUGACGUACUUCCUGCUCAAGUUUGAGCAGCUCCGGAAGCCGUUGAGCAGCUAUCUCAUCCAUUGCAAGCGCGUGAAUGAAUGGUCUCACUUCGACUCUCGGCUGACCAACGAAACCUACGUGAGGCAAGAGAAGGAUGGCAUGCUCGUGCAGCUGGCUACCCGCAUGAUCGACUCUCACCACAGGAACGAGUUCCGUCAUACCCAAAUGACCAACCAGGUCAAGAGGCGCAAGGAUGAGAUCACCGUCACGAACCUCCGCAAGCCGAUGGACUCAGACAAGGGGCAGGAGCACGGGUUGGAAGAUGGGGUCCUCAAAAACACCAAGCUGAUGACCUAUGGGAUUUUGUAUCAGCAAUCAGAUGCGACUAGCACCAAGGAUAGAUCUUCGAUCGGAAAGGAGGGGGAGGUCUGGAUUCAGUCUAACGCGUCCUUUUUCAAGCCUGUCAAGGAAAAGGGAUCCUAUGAAAUCCAGACGAUAGCUGGGGGGAGGAGCCUUCCAUUGAAGGUCAACCUCAGAUCCACAGUGGACUCGCUCCCGACUCACUUUGAGUGA